AUGACGACGACGCGGCCCAUCAUGUUUGCCAUGCUGUGCGCCAACAACGUGAACCGCAGCACCGAGGCGCACGACCAUCUGCACGCCACCGGGCUGCGCGUGUGCUCCUUCGGCGCCGGCAAUCGCGUCCGUUUCCCCGGUCCCUCGCGCGACGACCCGCGCAUCUACGAGUUCGCCACACCCUACGCGACCAUGUACCGGGAGCUCCAGGGCGAGAACGGGGAGCUGUUCAAGCGGAACGGAGUGCUGGCCAUGCUCGAGCGAGACAUGCUGACCAAGCCGUGUCCGCAGCGGUGGCAGGACCUCAGUGUGAAGGAGCUCCAGGGACUGGACGUUGUGCUCUGCUUUGACGACCGCAUCUUCGAGAUCGUGCUGGAAGAUCUGCAGCUUCGAGGAGCUGCGGGAGGCCCUGGCGGACCUGGGAACGAGCCCACGACGGCCUGGCGACCGCUCCAUGUGCUCUGUCUGGACACGAAAGACACGCCCGAGCACGCCAAAGUGGGUGGGUCCUUGGCGCUGGAGCUUUGCCAAGCGAUUGACAAGCUGAACAGUCUUGACGACGGCAUCAUGGACGUCAUUCUGGACUUUGAGAGCCGAAAAGACGUGUACUUGCUCUACUCGCUGAUGCACGUGUAG